UUGCCCACAAUUCGGUUCUGGAUGCACGAGUUUGUGUCUAUAUGCUGAUACCUUUCCGGGGGUUACCUGCUAAAAUAGUUCUGUUUUCGGUGUAUUUUGGACACUUAUUUUGAAGAUAUCUCGGAAUUGCUAUCGGAUUAUUAUUAUUAUUAUUAUUAUUUUUUUUUAAACAAUUCUAAUUAUAGCUCUCAAGAGCAGCCUAUAGCCGAGGACAAUACUGGAAGGGGACAAAUGAAUUCAAUCUACUAUGAUGGGGACCCCCCUACGUCGGGGCUCCACGGCGACCUACCCCAAGGGAACGGCCAAGAGGACCUCGACUUCCCUUUGAUUUUAUAUAACCCUCCAGGAAACGAGGAGAGUGAGCAAGGGGACGACGGCAACAGCCAAGAUGCCCAGGACGCUCUUAGCCCGGAAUCAGGUGCACAGAACCACACCCCCUACAGCCUAGAGGACUUAUGUGACUCUCCGUACCACCACGGAGAUGCCUCCUCCGGGACCACCGAUGGCCUGGGGGAAUUUCAGGGGUACCCCGACCCGCUGCGCCCGCGCAUUGAGAUCACCUACUCUGAGCUGCACCCUCACGACCACCCGCAUACCGAGCCCCUGGACAUCGGUCCUCCUCGGCCCAACCUCACCGUGCCGGGUUACUAUGACAACAGCAGCUACCGCGGCGGUGGCGGCGCCGACGCCCAGUGUCUGAGCCCCGCCAGCAGCAACUCCUCCACCAGCUGGUCUGAGGUGUGCUCCCCCUGGACGUCUCCGUGUGUGUCCCCCUCCGCCCUUCCGGAGCUGUGCCCUCCAAUGCAGAGCCUCCACACCCAGAGCGCCGGCUGCUCCCCCCGCGCCUCGCCUACCACCUCCCCGCGGGGGAGCAUCACAGAGGAGACCUUCCUGACCUGCCGCCGCUCCUCCUCCCCCCAUCCGCAUCCUAGCUCUCGCUCCGCCUCCCCCAAGGGCAAGCGCACCUACGACCAGUCCCAGAACCCCUCGCUGGUGGUGGCUCGCUCACGCAGCCCCUCACCCUCCCCCCACCCGGAAGACCGUUCCGACCCGUGCGGGUCUGGGCUCUCUGGUGGUGGUGCCACUGCCGGUGCUGGUGCCGGUGCUGGUGCCGGUUGUGGUAGUGGUGGUGGUGGGCCAGCCGAGUUGGACUUCGUCGGUGCCCUGUGCGGAAGUCUGCCCAAGCCUGUGCCCACCAAGAUGGUGCGUGCCACCUUUGGAGGAGGGGUGCAAUACGUGGACCCGGGUGAGGGUCUGCGCUACUCACAUGAGGUCAAGGCUGAACCACCAGCCGCUGCCACUGGGCUGGAGACUUUCUACCUCAUCCCUGCACCGUGGAACAACCAGGUGCCCUGCAGUGCCCCGGUGGCCUCCCUUCCCUCUCUGGAGUGGCAGCUGCCGAGUAGCGUGGGUCAGCUGGAGCUGCUGAUCGAGGUGCAGCCAAAGACCUACCACCGCGCCCACUACGAGACGGAGGGCAGCCGCGGAGCCGUCAAAGCACCAUCAGGAGGGCACCCUGUAGUGCCGUUGCGUGGCUAUCAGGGACAGGAGCCUCUGGCCCUGCAGGUGUACAUCGGUACUGCAGACGAGCGCGUCCUGAAGCCCCACGCCUUCUACCAGGUGCACCGCAUCACCGGCAAGACCGUCACCACCUCCAGCCACGAGAGGAUCAUCCACGGGACCAAGGUCCUGGAGAUGCUGCUCGACCCCAAAGACAACAUGAGGACAGUCAUUGACAGUGCCGGUAUCCUGAAGCUGCGUAACGCAGACAUAGAGCUGCGUAAGGGGGAGACGGACAUCGGCCGCAAGAACACGCGCGUGCGGCUGGUCUUCAGGGUCCACGUGCCCCUGCCAGGGGGACAGUUCAUCUCCCUGCAGACGGCCUCGCAGAUCAUAGAGUGCUCGCAGCGCUCGGCCCAUGAGCUCCCGGCAGUGGAGCGUCAGGACGUGGAGCACUGCUCGGUGCUGGGCGGCCAGCAGAUGAUCCUGACGGGCCAGAACUUCACCUCCGACUCCAAGGUGGUGUUCACAGAGAAGACCCACGAUGGCCUUCAGAUUUGGGAGGCAGAGGCCACUGUGGACAGAGACAAAAGCCAAGCGAGCAUGCUGUUUGUGGAGAUCCCGCCCUAUCGCGACCACGCCAUCUACCACCCGGCCAAAGUCAACUUCUACGUGCUCAACGGGCGGAGGAAACGCAGUCAACCUCAGCACUUCACAUACACCCCUCUCUCUGUGCCAUUCAUUAAGACAGAGCCAGCGGAUGACUUCCAGUUCGGGCAGCUGGGCUGUGCCGUGUCUCAACUCCUGGGCGUCUCCCCCUCGUCCCGCCACGCCCACUCCCACUCCCACUCUGUGCCAUCCCAGAUGCCCCUGGACGGCUGCGGGGUGCCAGGCCUGCCCUCUCACCCUCACCCCCUCCACCACCUACACCACCACCACCAGCCCCACCAGGCCCAGCAGCAGCAUCAGCAUCAGCAUCAGCAUCAUCAGCCUCAGCAGGUAGUGGGGGGGCUGCGUGGCUCCUACGGUGCUCUAGAUCAGCCCUCGGAGUCCUACCAGCUGCAGUGCCCGGUGGUGUACCGGCAGUCCAGGAGCCUGGGCAGCAGCCCCGUGCUCUACCAGUCCAUCCUGGACAUGGGCAGCUACGCAGGGGCCCGGGGGCUGUCCAACAUGCCCACUCACACCACGCACCACCACCAACACAGCAGCCCGGGGGGCCACCACCACUCAAGCAUGGGCCACCUGGCGGGUGUGAGUAGCUACGGUGGUAGUGGAGGAGGCAUGCCGAAGGUGGAUCAUCAUCGGGUGUUGAUGGGCAAUAGCUUCCAGGAGGCCGCCUCACGCUUUCCUGAUUUCAGUGGCAGUGGUGGAGGGCUUGGCGUUAGCGGCGGCGGCAAUGGCGCUGCCAGCGUCCAGACGACGGUGGGGUACGGGCAGCUAGGAGCGGCAGUAGGGAUACCACGACAACAAGGCCAUGGGCACCAGCAGCACCAGCAGCAGCAGCAGCAGGGGUUCCCCUCGCCCUCCAGCAGCACGGGGCCGGCCGCACGGGUGACGGUGAAACAGGAGUUCCUGGACCAUCUGGAUGAUGUGAAUGACAUCAUCCGAAAGGACAUGCCCGUCCUGAGACCGGACCACACGUAAGAGUGAACCCUCCUUGGACAUAGGGUCAAAACACACAUCUUCUACUGUACCCCUUUUUCUACUUUAAACAUUUUGUACUUAUUUUUGCCUACUACAUAUCUUGUGUAUGUUUAUAACAUGAAUUAUGCCUUAAACUGUCAGGACAAAAAGAGUAAAUAUCAGUUUUCAUAAUCCUCAAUUUUAUAAUCUGUUUUGUAACUAUACAAUAUCUAUAAAUUAGUGUAUCUUCUGAUACGAUUUCAACAAAGGAGAACAUUUUGUCAAUAUGUAAUUGUACAUUUAAUAAGUAAUCUGAAGGAUUAUGCUAAACUACUGUCACUUCCGACUAGGUAUUGAAGUUGACUUGUGUAAAACUUAACUACUGGCGGAUGCAUCAUGUAUGGGAAUAUCUAAUAAAAUAUGUCAUAAAAUCA